AUGGCCAAUAUACGUCCGCUUCUAACAAACUUCAUCUCCCUCCUCUUCAUCGUACUCCACCUCGGUUGCUUCACCAUCUACCCCACCACCCGCCACCACCACCACCGCCACCGCCCCAAACCACCCAGAAAAGCAUCUGCUCCUGUCCCUCUGCUCCGCGUCACUUCCACCAAACUCAAACGCCAUGGAUGCCUCUCUUCCUUUUGGUCAUUCAUAAAACGAAUCUUCUCAACCAAAUCCACAUCGCAAGUUACAGACAAGAAGAACUCGAUUCAUGUUCAUCAAAUACCUUCUCCAGCAUCUUCAACCCGUUCAAUUUCAUUCAUUCCACCAGACGCCCAAUCCACAACCCGACCAGGUUCGCUCACGGAAUCCGAUUACCUCCCCAUACGCAAUGAAAUCCAUCCCUGCCUGAACUGCGGUGAGGUUUUCCAAAAACCCGGAUUGCUUGAACAACACCAAUCCAUCAAGCACGCUGUUUGCGAGCUUUUGGAUGACGAUCCCGGAAAGAACAUUGUCCAGAUCAUAUUCACAACCGGUUGGCCUGGGAAAACACCGAUUAUCUCCCGGAUCAUGAAGAUCCACAACACCCCCAAGAUACUUGCCCAGUUUGAAGAAUACAGGGAGAUCGUGAAGUCAAAGGCGGCGCGACCCGGUGAUUCCCGGCGGAGGGACGAACGAUGUAUCGCCGACGGCAACGAAUUGCUACGUUUUCACUGCACAACUUUCCUGUGUGACCUGGGGCAAAACGGUAAUUCUAGCAUCUGUGUUAAUCAGUAUUGUAAUGUGUGUGAGAUAAUCGGAUCCGGGUUUUCACCCAAAAUGGAUGGUAUAUCCACUUUAUCGAAUAGCUGGAGAGGACACGUGGCAAUUCCUGAUGACAUCGAGGACGAGUUCGGAUUCAUGAACGUGAAACGGGCAAUGAUUGUCUGUCGUGUUAUAGCGGGUCGGAUCGGUUGCGACACAGGUUCGGGUGACAAAGAUGACCCGGGUUAUGAUUCUUUGGUGGGGAGGGAAUCUGGUGCGAGGCAGAGCAGGUUAGAAGAAGAAGACGAGCUAAUCGUGUUUAAUCCGAGGGCUGUGCUUCCUUGUUUUGUGAUUGUCUAUACUGCUUGA